AGCUUCUUGCAGUCAAGGACUGCAUUUUGCGGUUCUUUGUAUCCUGAGCGCUUAGUACCGUGCCAGUCACAUAGACUUUUAAAGUAGUCUCGUUGCUUGCAGACCAGGAACCGGUCCCCACAACUUGGCCCCUCCCAAGGUCUGGCACCCCACGCCUUCCUUUCGGUGUGAACAAACAUCCAGUUCAUGCGUGCUUGCUCUUGGUCCCUAGGGUGAUGGGGAAGCGUGCUGGGCGGUCCCUAAGGCUCACACGCAAAGAGAAGAGAGCAGUCGGCUGGUAAUUGGGGAUUCGACAAUGGCACCCAGAGGCUGCAACGUGAUGGAAGCGGCGGAAGAACUUUCGGACCAGUUCCUUCAUCUGACAAAGAGAUUCCUGCCCCAUUUGGCUCGUCUCUGUCUGAUCAGCACCUUCCUGGAGGAUGGCAUUCACACCUGGUGGCAGUGGAAUAAACAUGAAUCCAUUAAGAUGUCUUGGAGCAGCAACUCUUUCCUGGCAUUAAUUUUGGGGAUGAUCAAUACAUUUGGGCAAUUGGUUGGAUGUGUGUUGAUUUUAGUCCAGAAGUGUGUUCCUUGUGCCUGUUUUGUGCUGUUUGGAAUCAUUUUCAUGCAGGUCAUGGCCUAUGGCCUUUUGUGGAACCUCAGAUUCCUGAUGAGAAAUGUUUCUUUGAGUGGUGGUCUGCUGUUCCUCUUCGCUGAGAGCCAAGCAAAAGGAAAGUCCAUGUUUGCAGGUGUCCCUACCUUGGAUUACAUCUGCCCCCAUCAGUACAUUCAGCUGGGAGGAAGAGUUCUUCUCCUCCUCAUGUUCAUAUCACUCCUACACUUUGAAGUGAGCAUGUUCACUAUCUUCCAAGAUGCUUUCAACAUGAUUCUCAUCAUUCUUGUGGCUAUUGGAUUCAAAACAAAACUUGCUGCUCUCACUCUUGUAUUCUGGCUGCUCCUUAUCAACGUGUUAGAGAACCCAUUUUGGACCAUCCCUCCCAACAGGCCUCUCCAUGAUUUUAUGAAGUAUGACUUUUUUCACACAAUGUCGGUAAUGGGAGGCCUUCUUUUGAUAGUAGCCCUUGGACCUGGGGGAGUUUCAAUGGAUAAACACAAGAAGUGGUAAAUAUUAUAGCAGAAUAAUAGAGAGAAAUGGAAGAGAUGGAUUUUUUGUUUUCAUGACUUUAAACUCCCUUCUUGUAGAGCAGAGAAGGGUAUGGUCUCCUGUCUACUCAUAUGUCCUCCAAACAUCUCUUAUGACCUUCUGCUACCUCAAUAGAGCAAUUUUGAUUUCUCUUCCUGUGCCAGUUAGAGACAUAUAUAAGAAGGAGGGCAAUCUGGCCCAUUAUCCUCUUGUCCUGGGAGUUUAUUGAAGAAAUUCUGUUAAUUUCAUGGUAUUUUAAGAGCUCUGUGUAUUCACAUGGGCCAAAGGAUAAUCCUAGGGUUAGGGUUAAGGUUCUUCAUUUCACUUUGUGAACCUAAAAGAACUGAUUGUACCAUAGGUGCCCAAAUUAUAUAUUAUCAGGAUUGGGCAUAUAUCUUUUGAAGCUAUCAUUUUCCUUGUUUUCUUCAGAACAAGAUCUUUUUGAUGAUCUCCUUUUUAGCCAGUUUGGUAGAAUCCAGUCUUUGUCAGUCAUAGAGUUGAUAUGGUCCCUUUCUGGAGAUCAUUGUCAAAAACACUAUGCUAAUAUAACCUUGGGUCCUCGGGUACCAAUGAGCACAUUUUACAGGACUCUGCAUCAGCUUGGGACUCUCCUCUUCUCUUUUCCUCCAUAAAGCUUGACUGUUGUUAGCCACCUGUUAGUGUCCAAUGAACAGACCAGAGUAUCCCAGGAUAUUCUACAGCUGCCUCAUUAUCUAUGUAAGCUCCAGUGAGGUGGCUUUUGUUCUAAUUUCUGCUCUGCCCAAAUGGAAGGACUUCAAGGACUUAUGAAAAUAAAGCUGCUUCUCAUAGAAAAAGGUGGCUGAUGGGGCAUCAGAGGUCUGUGGACCUAAGAGCCUUUCUGGAUGAAUUCAAUUAUCAUAUGGCUCCAAGUAUGUUUCUGAAGAGUUUAUUAGGAUCAGAUUCCCUUUGAAAGCAGCAAAGGUCAAAAGGAAAUUCUGCUAAAGAUAUGAAGCCAAGAGUUUUCUAUGUUGCUUAGCACAUAGUAGUGCUAUGUACCUAGCACAUUGUAGGCACUUUAUAAAUUCUAGUUGACUGUGUAAAUCAGGUAUUGUACAUUUGUGUAUAUGUAUAUUUUCACACCAUCUGAGAACAGAUAUAAACCUGUUUUAUGUAAGCCUACUGUUUUCAGUUGAACAAAGUCUUCAGUUAAUUGACUGGGAGAUCUAAGCAUUCAGUAAAAUAAACCUGUAUUAAGCAUGCUAUCUAGAUGCAGUAAACAUGUUAACAUUCACUUUUGCUCAUGAGAAAGAUUAAUAGGCAAAUAUAGAGUAUUUUAAGAAUGGCUACUCACAUAUUUAACCUAUAUUGGAUUGCUUGCUAUCUUGGGGGGGGGGGAGGAAGAGGGGUAAGGA